AGCUGUGUGUGUGGUGUGGUUGUUAGCUGUUGCUAAGACAGCAGACUUGCUUGACAACGGUGCGUCACUCGCGCAGUCGCAGCGACGAAGGACGAUGCAUUGUGGGAUCGGAAGACACUGAAGUACUGAGAGCUCAGUGAUUGCAGUAAAUACUGAAUUUAUCUAGAGAGCGGUUUCUGUUUGACACAAUUUAUCAGACCCAAAAUUUUGUGAUCGUUAUCCGGAGCCACUACCAUGAACGGGUCUAUAGCGAAGAAGACCCAGGAGACCCUAGGGAAAGUGAUUAAGAAACCACCGCUUACAGAAAAACUGCUGAGCAAACCGCCGUUUCGAUUCCUGCACGACAUCUUCACAGAGGUAAUAAGGACCACAGGGUUUAUGAAGGGGCUGUAUUCAGAAUUGGAGAUGAAAUCUGAAAAUGUUAAGGAUAAAGAAGCCAAGAUUGCAUUCCUCCAGAAAGCAAUAGAUGUGGUAAUAAUGGUGACAAGCGAGCCCCUAUCAGUGAAGCCAGGUCGUAUUGUAUCAGGACAUGAGCCAGAGAAAACGAAUGAGCUUCUGCAGGCCAUGGGAAAGUGCUGCCUCAAUAAGCUUUCCAGCGAAGACGCUGUGCAGAGGGUCCUUGCCGGUGAGAAGCUAGACCUAAAAGGAAAGCAUCCCUCCACCUCGAAAUCUCAGGACAAGGAGAACCGGGAGGGCAAGGAGGAAGACAAGAAAAGGCACAAAGACAAAGAGGAGAUCAGAGACACUGAAAUCAAAGACCGAAGCACAAGCAGAGAUCGAAAGGUUGAACAGCCAAAAUAUACGGAGGCCAAAAAGACUGAGAAGGACAGACACAAGGACGACGAAAAGCAAGAGAAAGGAAGAGACCGCGAAAGGACAAAAGAGCGGGAUCGGGAGAAAGAGAAGAGCCGGGACAGAGACAAAGAGAAGGGCAGAGAAAAGGAGAAAGACCGGGAGAAGGGAAAAGAGAGGGACAGGGACAGAGAAAAAAGGAGGGAGCGCCCAAAGGAGCCUGAGGAAAAAGCCAAAGAACCAGAGGAGAAAGCAGAAAGGAAGUCUAAAGGCACUGAGGAGACACGGCACCGAAAAGCAUCUCAACUAACAAGGAAAAACAGCAAAACUGAGAAUGAUAAAGAGCCUGCAGAGGUUCUUGAAGCAGAGCCUGCAGAAGUUCCUGAAGCAGAGCCUGCAGAGAUUCACGAGGCAGAGCAUGAGAGUCCUGCAAGAAUACCUCGGCCUUCCUCUGCAAAAGGACAAAGAAGACGCCCCAAACCUGGAGGGCAAGGAUCGCAAAGCUCCAAGACAGAUAUAGCAACAUUUUCAGGGAACGUUGAGAUAGCAGAGCGUUUAGAUGAAUCUUACAGUGAUGGAGAGGCAGAAAUCCUUUCUUCAGACAAGUCCAUGCCAUUAGAGAAUGGUGAGGCUGUUGAUGCCAUGCCCACUCACAGUAAAAUACCAAGGCCAAGUAGUGCAAGGCCAGCACCGCCACGAGUCAAACGUCAAGACAGUGCUGAUGUGCCAAGUGUAGAAAGGAUCGGUAGUGGAAAGCCUUUGACUGCUGUGAUCGUGGAUGGGAAAAAGGAUUCUGACGACGAGGAUAAUGAUGAGCUGUUUGUUGUGGAGGAAGCAGCUCCACUUCUUCCAGACCUACCCAAAAUGGAAAUGGAGCCGGCAGUAGAGCUGAAAGAGGAUGAGAAACAUGGUGGGCUGGUGAAGAAAAUUUUAGAAACAAAGAAAGAUUAUGAGGCUUCACAACCUUCAUCCAAGUCAAAAGACCAGGAUACAACAAUUGUAUCGGAGGCAACAAAAAGAAAAGAGCGUGACUUAGUCUCCAGGGAGAUUGAAAAGCUGAGGUCCUCAAUCCAGACAGUGUGUCGUAGUGCCCUCCCGCUGGGGAAGAUCAUGGACUACAUUCAGGAGGACAUGGACUCCAUGAAGAAGGAGCUGCAGAUGUGGCGCAGCGAGAAUGCAGAGCAUGCAGCAGCACUGAUCAAGGAGCAGCGAAUAACAGACAAUGCUGUGGAGCCCCUCAAAGCUGAGCUGGUGGAGCUGGAGCAGCUAAUCAAGGACCAGCAGGACAAAAUCUGUGCUGCAAAGGCCAACAUCUUAAGGAACGAAGAGAAGAUUGAGAAAAUGGUCUCCAGUAUCAACUUCUCUUCCAGGACAUGAGAGCCCAAGGCAGAAAAGACUCAUCAGAUAUUAAUAAAAUGAUAAUAAAUAUACUGAAAGGCACUAUAAACAAGGAAAGGCUAUUUUUAUAAAGUAUAUUGUAUUUUUAUAAUCCUGUGUUUCUUCAGCAGUUGUGGGCUUUCCCACCCAUUCAAAAGUAUAACCUCUCAUUCUUAACAUACUCGCAUGUCCCUGGUACAUCACUAUUCAUUCAAAGAAUACUUCCAUAUUAAUUUCCAUUUGAUAUUGUCAUAGAGUGCAUCGUGCAUCGUGCAUGUGUCACACAUCUAGCCCCUAUACCAACAUCAGUUGGUUUGUCACUGAAAAGUCCUUUAGAGAAUCACCUUGCUUAUUUAUUUGAUAGCAAAAUCUCUGAUUUUACCAUUUGUAAAAUAUGGAUUAUUUUAUUUUAAAAAAGGAAAUGUAUAUGUCAUGUAGAAAAUCAUAUACCAUUCCAAUUCAAAAUUGAUUUUGUUUUUACAGUAAACCACCACAGAAUAUAUAAUUCUUGCUAACCUUGCUAAACACAUUUAACAACCCUGAAAAUGUAUUGGCCUUUUUAAUAUGUAGCAUUGAACUGUGCAUUAACCCACAAACAGUGGCUGCAUGCAGUAUUUUCAUAGUUCUGAACAAAUUAGGAGGAAAUGAAAGAAAACAAUGUUUUCAAAAGUAUAUUUUAUACAUUCAUAUUUCAAGCGUACUAGAAAACUACACGUUUUGAGAUAAAAUUGUCUUACAUUGUCAUACUGAAGAUAUCCACAUUUCCUAAUUGGUAAUAAUAUCAACAUGCAUUUAAAAGUUACUCUUGGGCACCACGGUACAUAUAAAUGAGUCUUUCAUCUUGUUGAAGUCCUGGCCUUUGCGCAGUCUGAAUAUCUCAAAGACAAUAUAUUGACAGGUCAUGCAAAUAAAAUGUUAUGGUGCAGAGCGGGUGGCAUUCUGGCUGCCAUAUGUUAGUAUAAAAAGACUACUACUACUGCAGUAGUGAAAGGAAUAUGUUGCUACAGGAUUAAGGGGAAGAUGUUUCACUUACAGCAAUUGUGCAUAACAAACUAAAUGAAGUCUACUGUAUUUUGAUGGAUUUGAUCGCAAACACACAGUGCUCCACCAAAAAAGAAGGCUGAUUUGGUUAUUUAUUGUGGAACAUUUAAACAGAUUCCCCAAAUGUCUGACAAGGAAUGAGAAGUGAUCAUUCACACAUCCAUACCUUUAAUUCAUACAGUCUGUGGAAAUGAGUCCCAACAUGUGUGAGAAUUGGAGUUUUGAAUGUCCAGCAGAGUAGUUUUGAGACCUCUGCAGUCCCCACCACGGUCUUUCUUGUCCUGGUCCCAGUUGACAACCUUGUUGAUAGGGUUUUUUGGUUUGUAUAAAUAGACUAGAAUAAUAUAUAUAUAUAUAUAUAUAUAUAUAUAUAUAUAUAUAUAUAUAUAUAUAUAUAUAUAUACUGCCUAUGCAGUAAAUGUAUUUAUUUAUUUAAGUCUAAUGUAUGCAUAAUCAGCAUUUCAAAUUCCAAUUUUUGUAGCACAGAUUUUUCAUUCAACACUUUAUUAAUGCGUUUUAUCAGUAUUAAUAGAAUGAUUGCAGGUUAAUGAAAUGCAGCUUUUAUUUGCAAAUGAAACAUUUCCCUCAGUUACGGCAGUUUACAAAUAAAAGCCUUUUCCUUGAAAAAGGGCCAUUUCCUAAACACAUUUCAAGUACUUUGGCAUGUUCUGUAUCCAUCAAUUUAUAAGAAUCAUUUGCAGGCCCUGGUGAGAAAGCAUCUACAUUGUAAACUACUCGUGUCAAAACCAGUGUCGCUUUCUUACUUGUAUAUUGUGUAUAUUUUGAAUCUGUAACAUAGUUCACAAAUUACUAUAACUUUUGUAGUGGAGUGGAAUAAAAUGUUACAUUUCUGUACAA